CAGACUACCACCAAAACAAAAACGUUUUGGAUGUUCGUUUCGCGCUGCGAUUUUGGUGCCGGUUUUAAGUAAUUUUCCUGACCGUAAAAGUGCAUAUUUUCUGGACAUAUCGAUGGAAUCCAUACCGGCGAACGCUGUGAAAUCGGCCGCUACCGUGCGCGGAUCGAAGCUGAGUGCCGCCACCGACAAAGUCAAAGGCCGCCACCGUAAGAAACAAAAGUACAACGCGAUCCGGUCGCAGAUGGAGUUUUACUUUUCCGAUGCCAACCUGACCAAGGACCGAUACCUCGGGCAGCGAAUAAGGGACGAUCCGUUCAUCCCCCUGGAGGAGUUUCUCAAAUUCAACCGGAUAAAACAGCUGGCUGAUAACGUCGAAGACAUUGCAACUGCGCUGAAGAAUUCAGACCUGCUACUGCUCUCGGAUGAUCGCAGCAAAGUGCGCCGUGUGACGGAACCAACGGAGCGAAGUAACUGCGAGCAGUGCACAAUCUACGUGGAGUGCCUCCCUCCGAAAGCCGACCAUGACUGGGUACGGAACGUAUUCUCGGCCUAUGGCAAGGUGGCCUACGUCUCGUUGCCCAAGUUUAAGUACUCGAAAAAAAUCAAAGAGUUUGGGUUUGUAGAGUUUGAGGAGGAAUCUAGCGUGCAGAAAGCCUUGAAGACAUUCCAAGCGUUCGGCGGAGUGUUGAGCUAUGAGGAUACGGAUCCCGCCAAAUUGGUCAGCAUUGCAAGUUUUGGCAAGGAAAAGGACGAAGAGGAACGUCAUGAAACCAAGGGCGAAACCGAGGAGGACCAGCCAGCGAAGGCGAGUCAGCAGGAGGAGGUCAAAGAGCACGACGAUUUGGAGCCACCACCUGCGAAGCGCAUCCGUACGGACGACGGCGGGCAUGAUGGAUCCGAUGCGGAUGAAAGGGAUAAAGAUAGUGCAAGUGGCGAGUCCGGUAGCGAGAAUGAAGAAGUGACUCCAGACGAUGGCAAGGAAGCUGCGAAAGGGGAAGAAUGCGAUGCAAAGAAAAAGCGACGACGUAGGAAAGGAAUCAGCGGCGUCAAGAAGGAAAUCCAACAGGACGACAAGGUUUAUGAGCUGAAAAUUAUGACGAAACGAGAAUGGAGAAGACUGCGCAACAAGUAUCUCAACCUUCAGAGAGCCGAAGCAAAAAAGCUCAAAAAGCUGUUCAGUGACUCUCGUAGAGUCAGCAAACCCACCCAAAACCGCACACCAAAUGCGUCGCUAUCCGGUUCAAAAGCGGUGAAAUCUUCUCCGAGGGUCAACUUCUACGGUGCACUGACCGAUGAGGAGGUGGCUGCUGAAGCCAACAAGCUGGAAGAACAGGAGCAGCAAGCAGUCAAGCUUCCACUGUUCUCCUUCGAACCAGGACUGAUUGUGAACAUCAAAUUCCGGGUUCCGUGUGCCAACGUGAAGGACUUCAAAGCCGAGCUAAAACAGUAUCCAUACGUGAAGUACACCGAUCUGAAGGAAGCCGACAUGGAAGCGUUUGUGCGAGUGGACAAACCGAGCUCGGCGAACCAGCUGGUCAAAGAGUGCAGCAGUGCCGAGUACAGCGCCCAGAUCUUGAGUGGCGAAACGGAGAAGACUUACUGGGACAAAAUCAAACAGGACCGGGACGACAAGCUGAGCAAGAAGGUAAAGGUGGAAAAGUUGAGAGGCCGGACCAAACUGAUGAAGAAAGUUAAUACCCACAUCAAAUUCGACGACGACGAUUGAAGGAUGCGGAAUUAAACUUUGAACUUGUAUGUACGAAAAUGUAUCGGAAAUACAUACUCAUUUGCGAACUGUUA